CCGUCUUACUCCAAGCCCACCUCCAGAAUGACAGAGAAAUGCAAGAUUUCUGCUGCCAUGGUAUCGGGAUCUGAGGAAAGGUCGUACGUGUUCAAGGUAGAUGGAUACUCAAGAGCCAAGGCUCUACUCAAGAACGGCCAGUGCGUGACUUCUGACCCUUUCAGCGUUGGAGGCCACGACUGGGCCGUGGAGUAUUUCCCAAACGGCUACCUUGAGGAUUGUUCUGAUUUCAUAUCUGUUUAUCUAUUUUGUGAAACUGCCGAUGCCGAAGAUGUGAACGCGAAAUUCACGCUCAGUGUACUUGACAAGAAUGGAGAACCGGUGCCUUCAUACAAUCGUACCUCCAAAACUGUGAGUACCUUCUCAAGGGAAGGUUUUGGCGAGGGGUACGAUAAUUUCGUCAAAAAGGCUGAUCUAGAGGCAUCGGCGCAUCUGACAGAUGACUGUCUUACAAUCAAAUGCAACAUCACCGUCAUCUAUGAAGCGGGAACAAGGGUUCCUCCAAGCAACCUGUACCGGCAUCUCGGCGACCUUCUAAAAAAUAAGGAUGCCGCAGACCUCACCAUUCAGGUCGGCGGAGAGACAUUCUCCGCUCACAGGUGCGUCCUAGCUGCCAGGUCAUCAGUCUUCAAGGCGGAGCUCCUCGGCCCCAUGGAGGAGAGUUAUGCAGCUAGUCCUAUUGAAAUCUGUGACAUGGAAGCAGACGUGUUCAAUUCGUUGCUCCAUUUCAUAUACACCGACACAGUUCCUCCUGUGCUUGAUGUGGUGAUGGCCGGCCAUCUACUUGUUGCGGCUGACAGAUACAAUAUCGGGAGGCUGAAGAUGAUAUGCGGGGAGAAAUUGUGCAGUCACAUUGAUUCCGACAUGGUGGCAACUAGUUUGGCAUUAGCCGAGCAGCAUGGUUUUCAUGCUCUCAAAAAAGCUUGUUUACAGUUCCUUGCUUCUCCGUCCAAUUUGGAGGGGAUGAUGGCGAGUGAUGGGUAUGAACAUCUGAAAUCUAGUUGCCCAUAUGUUUUCAAGGAGCUCGUAGCUGAAAUCCUCCCGGCUGAACUGAAAGCAGCAAAGGAUAUUAUCAUGACAAUGUGGAAGUAAUGCCUACAUAACUAUUA